AUGGGCGACGUCACGGUCACCACGUGGAAUGCGCAGGCCUUGUUCGCGUCCAACCCGCAGCGCCACGCUGUGAAAGCCUCUUACGUGCACCACCUGAUGGUCAAGACGGACGUCCUUCUGGUGACCGAGUCCCACGGGACAGAAGCGGGCAACGACGCGUGGCGCCCUCCCUCUGGUUGUUCGGCCUGGUGGUCCCAGGGCCCCACGGCCGGCCACUCCGGAGUCGGCUUCGUGAUCGAAGACGAAUUCCUCCGCAACUUCGACCAGCCACCGCGCCUCCACCACAUAUGGCGGGGCCGCGCUGCCAAGUUAUGCCUCCGCGGAGCCUCCGGGACAUUGGAUCUGAUAGUGGAUUACUUCCCAUCCGGAUCCCAGGCCAACCCGCCCGACACGGAUCUGGCAGGCAUCCCGGCCCGGUUCCGGGCAGGCUUGAACAACUUCCCGGCCAUGCGUGCGUACAUGCGGCAGCUGCUGGCGAACAACGUGAAGGCCAGGAGCCAGUGCCUGACCGUGCUUGGAGGGGAUUUCAAUUACGUCACCGACGACGCGGACAGAGUCUCGCUCGACACUGCCCUGGCUAGUGGUCGUCGGGGCGGGCGGGAAGUGGCGAAUUUCCAGUCGACAGUUGCGGUGCGGCAUGGCCUCUUCGAGAUGUACCAGGGGGACUUUACUCACUCCUCGGCCACCGCCCGGUCACGUUUGGACAGGAUCUACUUCAACCACGACGUGGAUGGACAGCUUGACAGGCGCAUCGUGGCCACGAGCCUCGAGUGGUGCCAAAACCUAUCUCACCAUAGUGCUGUUCGAGUCGCUCGCCUCUCCCCGGUCCGCGAGGACGAUCCGGGUCGCCCGCUGGCGCGCCGCGCACUUCUGCGCCCGGAUUUCACCAGGCGUUUGAUUUUAGAUGUUCGCGAAUCUUUGAGAGAGUGCCCAGAGGCGUCGCCGUUUCAGCAGCUCGCUUUGUGCACGGCAUCUAUGCGACGGGUCGCGCGUGGGCUCGAGAACGACUUCAGGGCCAUCCCCGCCGCCGUGGACGUGGAAGACAAGCUGGGGGUUGCCCUCAAGCUGAUCCGCGCGAUCGAGGGCGCCAGGCCGACGGAGGUCUCCACCUGUCUGGCCCGGUUCCCGGGCAUCAGGCGGCGCGUCGACAACCCGUAUGAUUUCGACGGCAAUCUGACCCGCAAGCUGUUCCGUCUACGCCAGUUCGCCGUGCAUCUUGCGCGGGGCCAUGCUGUUGAAGAGCUUCGUCAUUCCCAGCCCGACCUCACCGGCGAGGACGCCUUCAAAGCACGGGGGCAGCGUGCUCAGCGCCGGAUCCUGAAGGGCGACGGGGAGGUCACCGCAGACCCUGCGGACAUGGCAGGAAUACUCGGUGCACACUGGUCUGAGACUUUUGCGGAACAGGGCAUUAACGACGAGCUGCUGGAUCAAUGGUUGGAGGACGACGCGGACAACAGGCCUCUGGCGGACCUGGCCAGCGCACGGGUCGCCCAGGUCCGGCUCCGGAAGUCGCGC